CCGGCGGCGGAGAGGGGCCAUGGCGGAGCAAGAGCCGGACCCCCUGCGCCUGAAGCGGCUGCACGGCGGCUUCUUCGCGGUGCCCGCCGCGCACCGGCUGGGAAGGUGCCGGAGCGUCAAGGAGUUCGAGAAGCUCAACCGGAUCGGAGAAGGGACCUACGGCAUCGUGUAUCGUGCCCGAGACACGCAGACGGAUGAGAUUGUGGCUCUGAAGAAGGUGCGGAUGGACAAAGAGAAAGACGGAAUUCCCAUCAGCAGCCUGCGAGAAAUCACCCUGCUGCUGAGGCUUCAGCACCCCAACAUCGUGGAGCUGAAGGAGGUGGUGGUGGGCAGCCACCUGGAGAGCAUCUUCUUGGUGAUGGGUUACUGUGAGCAGGACCUGGCCAGCCUCCUGGAGAACAUGCAGGCUCCCUUCUCUGAAGCUCAGGUGAAGUGCAUCGUUCUCCAGGUUCUCCAUGGUCUUCAGUACCUGCACAACAACUUCAUCAUUCACAGGGACCUCAAGGUGUCCAAUCUGCUCAUGACCGACAAAGGUUGUGUGAAGACAGCGGAUUUUGGGCUGGCUCGGGCCUACAGGGUUCCCCUGAAGCCCAUGACCCCGAAAGUGGUGACGCUGUGGUACCGGGCCCCUGAGCUGCUCCUAGGCACCACCACGCAGACCACAGCCAUAGACAUGUGGGCAGUGGGCUGCAUCUUGGCGGAAUUGCUGGCCCAUAAGCCUCUGCUGCCUGGGAGCUCUGAGAUACAGCAGGUAGACUUGAUCGUGCAGUUGCUGGGCACCCCUAAUGAGACCAUCUGGCCCGGCUUCUCCAAGCUGCCCCUCGUGAGCCAGUAUUCUCUCCGUAAGCAGCCCUACAACAACCUGAAGCACAAGUUUGCGUGGCUGUCCGAGGCUGGGCUUCGCCUCCUCAACUUGCUCUUCAUGUACGAUCCAAAGAAAAGAGCAACGGCCGGGGACUGCUUGGAAAGCUCUUACUUCAAGGAGAAGCCAUGGCCCUGUGAGCCAGAGCUCAUGCCCACCUUCCCCCACCAUCGCAACAAGAGGGCAGCCCCAGGCACAGCAGCCGAGUGCCCAGGCAAGCGCAGCCGGCCCUGAGGUGGUGGCUUUGGAAGGCACCUGAAAGGAAUCUCUCUCUCAAGAGUGGGGGCUGUCUCCCCAUCCACAAUCAUUCCUCCCUUUUCCUGUUACUGCCCUGUGAAACCCUUGCCGGCUUUCUGAGCAGUGCUUCUGUCAAGGCCCAAGAGCCAGAGAGGGCCCAGCGAUGAAGGACGCAGAUCCUACCAAGAGGGAAAUGGGCCUUAAUGUUCUUGGGAUGGAGACUUGCAUCGUCUCUUCUUCUGAGGAGCAGCAAAGCAGGGUCUGUAUCCUCCACAUCCUGGAGGGGAUCCUCGGUCCCUCCACGCUGCUCCUCCUCGCCUAAAGGCUGCUGCUCAGCCCGAGACUUUCCUCUUUGGAAAGGCGUUUUGGUCAGGGAGCUGGAUUCUGCCGCUCCCCGCCUGAGUUUCUCCUCUCGUCAGCUCUGGAUGCUGAAAGAACAAGCGAAGCACUCUUGCUGGAGCAGCGAAGAAGGGAGCGACCCUCGAGGGCCUGUGGAAUCUUCGAAACUGCUGCAAACGAAGCAGCCCGGCCCUCCAGCAGACCUUGGGACGGCUCCUUGUCCUGGCAGCACCAGGCCUUCCAAGGAGCAACAUGCCUCGCCUGGGCUGGCGUGAGGAAGGCAGCUGACCACAAGCAGCCCCCCCCCCCGUGCCUCCCUUUCCACAGACAGCCCUUGGGGGAAGUG